CCUACUACACCUGCAUCGUUCUUCACACAUCUCAGCGUCUCCACUCAAGCUCGAGGCCGACUGCGCCUCUAAAUCUUCGCGACAGCCAUGCUCCUCCCGCGCGCCGGCGCCUCGAGUGCGCGGCAUGUGCUCCGUCGCGCCUCGCUCGCGCCGCCACGGCCCAGCUCGCUCGCUGCCUCGAGCUCGCUGCGGCACCAGUCGAGCGCCAGUGCGCCCGCACACGCAGCUGCCGCUGCCUCUCCCAGCGGCGCUUCCUGGGCCUCCGCUCUCGCGCGCGGCACCACGCUCGUCUCGCCGCGCUCGCCCACGUCGCUCGUGCUGCCCGAGCUCACCUCGUUGCGGGGCAGCAUCACCUCCAUGCUUGGCUCGUCGCAUCCCGCACUCGAUCGCAUCGCGGGCUACUACUUUGCCGCAGAGGGCAAGCACGUGCGGCCACUGAUUGUGCUGCUUAUGGCGCAGGCCGCCAACGGCGUCGCGCCGGGCUAUGAGCGGCUGCGGGAGGAGGAUCGGAAAACACAAGGCGCGGAGCUCGAUGCUGAGAUCUCGCCGACGGGGAUACUCAACGACGUCAACCCUCGCCGAACGGUGUUCGCUGCGCCCGAGUCGGAGAACAUCCUGUGCACGCAGCGCAGACUGGCGGACAUCAGCGAGAUGAUCCACGUCGCCUCGCUGCUGCACGACGAUGUGCUCGAUGAGGCCGCCCUGCGUCGAGGUGCGCCUUCCGCGCCCGCUGCGUUCGGCAACAAGCUCGCCGUACUUGCAGGCGACUUUCUCCUCGGGCGCGCCAGUGUCGCCCUUGCGCGUCUGGGCAACCUGGAGGUUGUAGAGCUGCUGGCGACAGUGCUCGCCAAUCUUGUCGAGGGCGAGGUGCUGCAGCUGCAAGCUCAACAAGCUUCUGAAGAUGCCUUGGCCGCCGCUCCUUCUCCCUCCGUCUCGCUCGAUACAUCUGCCUUCUGGCGUGUGACGCCCGCCUGUCCGGAGGACGCACCAAGCGAGCAGCUCUUCGAGAGCUACCUGCACAAGACGUACCUCAAGACGGCGGCGCUCAUGGCCAAAUCGGCACGCGCGGCGGUGAUUCUGGGAGGCUGCGGAAAGGCAGACGAGGGAGAGGUGGUGGAGCGGAGGAAGGAGCAGACGAGGGAUGCCGCGUAUGCAUUUGGCAGGAAUUUGGGCAUUGCGUUCCAGUUGGUGGACGACAUGCUGGACUUCCGCUCCACCUCUGCCGCGUUCGGCAAGCCCUCCGGCGGCGCCGAUCUGCGCCUGGGCAUCGCCACUGCGCCCGUGCUCUUUGCAUGGCAAGAGGCGCCCGCCGAGGCGCGCAUGGGCGAGAUGGUGCGGCGCAAGUUUGGCGGCGAAGGGGAUGUGCCCAAGGCAUUGGCGCUAGUGGAGGCCUCGCAAGGACUGCAACGCACCGCAAAGCUCGCGCAGCAUCACGUCGAUCUGGCGCUCGAUGCACUAGCCGUCCUGCCGCACUCGGAGGCAAGGGACGCACUGGCCCAGCUUGCGAGAGGAGUGCUGACGCGGAGCAAAUAAAUCGCAACUGCACGGACAUUGCUCUAGGGUAUAGCUG